UUUCCUCUUAAUUACCCGAAAACAUUCCCAUAAUUUCAUCACCAAAUUAUAGCCACAAAGAAAAGGUGCUCUCUUUUAAUUCUCUCGUGUGCUUUCCAAUUGUAAUCAAAAAAAGCACAUUUUUUCCGUUUUCCUUUCUGCUCUCAAUUUGAUCUUCCAACACAGAAAUCUUACUUCAUCCCUUUCAUACCAAGCCAGAACAAAACAAAAAAAAAAACCCACCAAUCUUCUCAUUUCUUUCUUUCAUCUAUGGCUGCUGCUUGCAUUCUGGAUGUUGGUUGAUGCUUGAACUGGGUAUAUAGUAAUAAAAGCAACGGGGUUUGCCUGUGUUUAUUUCUCCAAGGGAGUCAAAGGGCUUCAGAGGUUUUUGUGGAAUUAAACGAACCCCGUAGCAGAGUCUUUAAGAUUUCUUGAUUGAAUUAAUAUCUUUUUUUUUCCGGAAAUUUCCUUUCUUUUUCUUUUUUGGGUUAAUGUUAGUUAAGGAGUUAUGGAGCCAUUGUGUGAGUUCUGUGGAGUACUGCGAGCAGUAGUUUAUUGCAGAUCAGAUACAGCAAAGCUCUGCUUACAUUGUGAUGGUUGUGUUCACUCUGCCAACGCAUUGUCAAGAAGGCAUGAAAGAUCCCUCAUUUGUGACAGAUGCAAUUCCCAACCCGCAUUUGUCAGAUGUAUGGAAGAAAAGCUGUCCUUCUGCCAGAAUUGUGAUUGGAAUGGAAAUGGCUGCACUGGGCCAGGCCAUCAUCGAGAAAAACUGAGUUUUUACAAUGGUUGUCCAUCGCUUUCUGAGUUUUCUAGGAUAUGGUCCUCCGUUCUUGAUGCCCCGCCCGCGGAUGCAACUAGUUUUGGUGGUUGUUCUUCUUUUGGGAAUGGAACAGUUCUGAAUGUGAAUGAAAAUGGUAUGGCUAGUUCCUGUUCAGAUCUCAGAGAUGGGAACAAAGGGUCGUCCACAAAUGUGGGAAUGGUGGCUAACAGGCUGAAUGAAAUUGCAUCAUAUGUCAAGUAUGAACCAUGGAUGACUCCCCCUGUUAUCCCUCCUAAUCCUAAUUUUGCAGUGCAAUGCAAUCGAGAUCAGACGCCUUUAUUCUCAGAUGGAUGCACUCUGCCUAAGUUGCAGCCCGGAUCACAGGAUGCAAAGGAUCUAGGAAUUCAAGAGUCUGAUGGUCUCUGUCAAGGCGUUGACAUUGAUGAUGUUGCAUUGAUGUUUGACUGUGGCUAUGAUAUGCUUGGCAAUUCAGAAGUUCAUUCAAGAUACAACAGUGAAGAUGGAACAAUGAGCAGCUUAGUAAUGGACAAAAAUUUAUCUGUCAGUGAGUCCAACAGUCAUGUUGAGAAUGCAUUUGAGGCAUCCUCAUCAGCACAGACAGAUUGCAUUGGUUAUCAGUCAUCAAUCGUUGGCGGAUCAACUUGUCUGAUGCAGAAUAUGAACACCAGCCCCAACUGCGUGCGUAUGAAUACCAACUGCAAUAGAAGCAUUGGCCUAGGUUUCCCAAGUGGUCAAGUUCAUUCAAGCAUGUCACUCUCUCUAUCAAACAUCACUGGAGAAAGCAGUGGAGCUGACUAUCAAGAUUGUGGAUUGUCACCAGUUUUUCUUACAGGUGAAUCACCAUGGGAAUCUGGUCUGGAAGCUAGUUGUCCACAGGCAAGGGACAAAGCCAAGAUGCGAUACAAUGAGAAAAAGAAAACUAGAACGUAUGCGCAUCAGUUACAGUUACUAUGCUUCUUUCUUCAACAUGUUGAUCAUACUGCCUGUAAACAACUUUUAAAAAGCUAUCUGCAAGUGAAAUUAAUCAGUAUGACCGCGAAUAAUUUGCCUUUCCUUAUUGGCUUCCAUAUUUAUGCGAAUUUCAUAUGCCAUAUCGAGCUUUCAGUCUACUAUGUUUUGUCCUUUUUGAUAUGCUUAUACUCUACGCCACUCCACCAGGCUAUUGAUCUAAGUCAGGACAGUAGAUCGCAUCAUAGGCAGGUUUUGACGAAUUCUGCUGUAUUCUUCUUGCAGGUUCGGUAAGCAAAUAAGGUAUGCUUCUCGUAAAGCCAGGGCAGAUACCAGAAGACGUGUAAAAGGAAGAUUUGUUAAGGCUGGUGAAGCUUAUGAUUAUGAUCCUCUUCAUACAAGGGAUUUCCAAUGAUUAUCAAGGUUUUCCAAAUACAGUGUCAACAAAUGCCAAGGUAUACUUUGAAUAGGCCUCCCACUUAUCUUGUGCUCUCCACUGCAGAUAGGGAAUUUUAAACAUUUAGUUAGGCAUGCCUAACUAUAGGAAGGUAGAAAUUAAACCAAUGCAAGCCUUAUGAAUGUUAUCUGCGUAACAUAAGAAUCCUAAUAAGAAAAGAGCAUCAUACUGCUGCAAUUAUCUUUAGUUGUAAGUUCUCAUAAACCUCAACUUUCAUUAUCUAUUGAACUGAACUCAUAUCCUUCGAAAUGCAUGAUUCAAAUAAUCUGUGUAGUUUUUCAUUGAGUAAAAUAGGUAUACUUGAAAUGUUUGCUGUAGAUAUUAGAAAUGUAUUUGAGUCCUUUCCCCAAGUUACCUGCAGAUGAAUGAUUAGCUGGUUAAGCUAUGCUGUUUGUACAUGAAAGAGCACUUGUAUUCAAGCAAUAUUUCUUACAAUUCUUGCAUCUUCUGAAAAGACACCACCAUUCUAGUGCUUAUUACAUUCAUAUUUAUGAUGCCAUUCUAUCUCCAACAUUUAAAAUAUGGAAAAGAGAAAGGUUCUAUCCAUCAUUGACAUACUCAUUCUGUCACUUUGUUAAUUUGAGUAGUUUGUAUGCAGUAAUCUGACAUUUAGAGGAGUCAAUGGCAAUGCUAAUGGAAAAGCCUUCCCAAUGAAUGCUGUCCUUUGCUUUUCUCUGGGUAAAGACUUGUUUAUUUGAUUUCAGUAGGUCUAUAUCCUCCAUUACCAUAAAUGAUCCUGCCUCCAUAACUUCUCUUUUAAGUGGCCAAUGAUUGAAACUCAUCACUACUCCAAUCAUGGUCUAAUUUUAGUGGUCUAACGUCAUUUCCAGGUUUCGACAUUCAAUGGAUCUCCCAUUCUGAUACGCUUAGGUGGUGUCUUCACCUCUUUGGAAAGAUUCUUAAUUCCAUGAGCCGCUCAAGUUGAUAAUAUACCCGCCAUCAAACACCCAUGAAUUCAGACAGUGAGGAAUUAUCCUUUACUUCUAAUAAUUUUUGAUCAUGUCAAGGAUCUUAUCAUAUACAUUCUUUUCCAAUGGUUAUUGGAUUUCUUAAUUCACAGUAGAUAAUUCAAAGCAGAAUUUCUUCUGAUGUUUGAUUAUCAAAUAAAUAGGAGUCAUUUCAAUUCCCACACAGUCUAUUUCUCAGAUGGUUGAUUGCCUGAGUUUGGAACCACUUUUGCUUCUUCAUCUUUCUGAUGCUCUUAUUCUCUCGGAAUCCUAUUUUAUAUGACAAUUUUAUAAAUAUAUAAAGGUGUAGUAAUCUUGCUGCAAUUUUGAUGGAAAUGUGUUUUAGCCACUCAUACAGUAGGUGAACUAUGUUUCUGUUCAAGUGAACAGGUUUAUGUUGGACAGAGGAUGAUUUGCAUUCUUUCAAAAUUUUCCAGAGAACAGUGUACAGGAUAUAGCGCCAUAAGGAGAAAAACUAACAAAUCAGCGAUUCGCCUCAACCUCGCACGUGUGGAUGUGCCGAUGCUACUCACAAUCAUUAAGCAUUCUUAUGAAUGUGACAUGAAAUGACAAGAGGAAGCUACUAAUUCACAGCCAAUAUUGAAUAGAAGACGGAGCAAGAAGUUACCGGAACUAGACUGAUCAGGGCAAUGACUAUACUACUAAGGCCUAACACCAUUAGUGUUCUUAACAUUACCAAACAGAAGCCGAAAUGCUGCUAAAAACUCACCUGUCCAUCCCAGUCUGUGCUAGCCUUCAUGGACUUGUAACAAUUCCGCCAAAUGAUCUGGCAAUCAUCCCAAAAAAACAAAAGAACAAAGGAAAACACAUUGGGUCAGCAGAAUUAUCAAAGAUUGUACAUAUUGGAAGUUGGAAUGAAACCAUUUUACUUAAGAACUUUUCGAAUCAGCUCAACUCAUUUGCAGUAUCCAAGUAGUCGUCCAAACUUGAAAUCCUGAUUUCUUUUAAAUUUGUUCAAGCAUUCUCAUUUCCGAGCUUUCCUUGAUCAUAUAAUUUGCACAGACAGACUGAAUACCACACUGGGUUUUUCUCAUUGUUUCCAUUCUGAGGAGAAGGAAUGAUCAUCAAAGGAUGGACAUUUGUUCUCAUCCUUAUCUCCAUGCUGACAGUUGCAUUAUGGUAAUGAUUUUCUGGGAUGGAUGAUGAUGAUUCCUGGAGAUCUCCUUCCUCCUUGAUCACACAAACUCUAUAUAUUAACCAGGCCUGGUCAAACCCCCCUCGCCAUGGAUCGCUGCUGCCCAGCGCGAUAUUGGAUCUGGUUCCCGCCCGCGGAAGACUGGGUUUCAUGGCUCAUUGGGCUUACUCUUGUUUAAUUUCUUGUACUUGGGGUUAGGGGUAAAAGAAAAAUUAUUAUGCAUACUAUCUAUCUAUGAAUGUCCUAAAAAAAUAGUGCAUGUUGAUGAGUUUUCAGAUUCCGUACUGUUUUUAAUAUAAAUCUUCAAACACAAUGUGCAC